AUGCAGGGCACCCCAGUCAAUAUCAUUGUAGGUUCUCAUGUUUGGGUUGAAGACCCAGACAUUACAUGGAUUGAUGGGCAAGUAGAAAGUAUUAAAGAAAAUGAAGUUGAGGUCCUAACAUCUGAUGAAAAGAAGGUGGUUGCUAAUAUAUCCAAAAUACAUGUUAAAGAUGAGGAUGCACCCCCUGAUGGAGUCGAUGACAUGACCAAACUAUCUUAUUUGCAUGAACCUGGGGUUUUGCAUAACCUGUCAACAAGAUACCAACUUAAUAAGAUUUAUACUUACACUGGGAGCAUUCUUAUUGCUAUCAAUCCAUUUCAAAGGGUUCCUGAUUUGUAUGAUUUCCACAUGAUGGAGCAGUAUAAGGGGACACCUUUAGGGCAACUGAGCCCUCAUGUGUUUGCCAUUGCAGAUGUUGCUUACAGGGCAAUGAUUAAUGAAGGAAAGAGCAACUCGAUAUUGGUGAGUGGAGAAAGUGGUGCUGGUAAGACUGAAACCACUAAGAUGCUUAUGCAAUACCUUGCACAUUUGGGUGGCCAUAAAGGAGCUGAAGGGAGAACAGUAGAACAACAAGUUCUUGAGUCAAAUCCAGUUCUUGAAGCAUUUGGAAAUGCAAAAACAGUCCGGAAUAACAAUUCAAGCCGAUUUGGUAAAUUUGUUGAAAUUCAAUUUGAUGUUCUUGGAAGAAUAUCAGGGGCAGCCAUUAGAACAUAUCUUCUCGAGAGAUCUCGUGUCUGUCAAAUUUCAGACCCCGAACGUAAUUAUCACUGUUUCUAUCUUCUGUGUUCGGCACCCCAGGAGGAAAUUGAGAAAUAUAAGCUGGGGCAUCCAAAAACAUUUCACUAUCUUAAUCAGUCCAAUUGCCAUGAACUGGUUGGGGUAAGCGAUGCUCAUGAUUAUUUGGCUAUAAGGAAGGCCAUGGAUGUUGUUGGCAUAAGUCAAAACGAGCAGGAUGCAAUUUUCAGAGUAGUCGCAUCUAUUCUCCAUCUUGGCAAUGUUGAAUUUGCUAAGGGGGAAGAAAGCGACUCAUCAUUUCUUAAGGAUGACAAAUCAAGCUUUCAUCUUCAGACUGCAGCAGAACUUCUCAUGUGUGAUCCUAAUGCACUGGAGGAUGCAUUACUGAAGCGUGUGAUGGUGACUCCAGAAGAAGUUAUAAAAAGAAGUCUUGAUCCUGAUGGUGCAGUAGUUAGUAGGGAUGGCUUGGCUAAGACUAUAUAUUCUCGCUUGUUUGAUUGGUUGGUCGACAAAAUAAAUUCCUCAAUCGGGCAAGAUCCCCAUUCGAAGUGUCUGAUUGGAGUUCUUGAUAUAUAUGGAUUUGAGAGUUUUGAAAGUAAUAGUUUUGAACAGUUUUGCAUUAAUUAUACCAACGAAAAGCUACAGCAACACUUUAACCAGCAUAUUUUUAAGAUGGAGCAAGAAGAAUACAUGAAAGAAGAUAUUAACUGGAGUUACAUAGAAUAUGUCGAUAACCAAGAUAUCCUGGAUCUUAUUGAAAAGAAACCUGGAGGGAUCAUAGCUCUUCUUGAUGAGGCCUGUAUGUUUCCGAGGUCAACACAUGGAACAUUCGCAGAAAAACUUUACCAGACAUUUAAAUCCCACAAGCGUUUUGUUAAACCAAAACUGUCGCGUAGCGAUUUUACAAUUGCUCAUUAUGCUGGAGAGGUUCAAUACCAAUCCAACCAGUUUUUGGAUAAAAACAAAGAUUAUGUUGUUGCCGAACAUCAAGAUCUGUUAACUGCUUCUAAGUGCCCAUUUGUAAAAGCACUGUUUCCUCCACUUCCUGAAGAGAUGACCAAAUCUUCAAGCAAGUCCUCUAAAUUCUCAUCAAUAGGUUCCCGGUUUAAGCUACAACUCCAACAACUGAUGGAGACUCUGAAUUCUACAGAACCUCACUACAUAAGAUGCGUGAAACCUAAUAAUCUUUUUAAGCCUGCUAUUUUCGAGAAUGCGAAUGUCAUGCAGCAACUCCGAUGUGGUGGUGUUUUAGAGGCGAUUAGAAUUAGUUGUUCCGGAUACCCUACUCAUAAGACAUUCCAAGAAUUUAUUGGACGGUUUGGUGUUCUAGCUCCUGAAAUCUUCGAUGGAGAUGUGGAUGAAAGAGUUGCAUGCAUCAAUUUUUUGGAGAAGAUGGGUCUUACUGGGGCUGAGAUAGGGAAAACUAAGGUCUUCCUGAGAGCUGGUCAAAUGGCUGAAUUAGAUGCCUGCAGAUCGAUAAAAGUUAGUAAUGCAGUAAAGAAAAUACAAACAAAGACAAGGGGUCAUUUUGCUCUUAAAAACUUUGUUUCCAUGCAUAAAGCAGCGAUUUUCAUCCAAUCUACAUGCAGAGGAAUUAUUGCUCGCAAGUUUUACGAGUAUAUGAAAAGGGAGUCAGCUUCGGUUAAAAUCCAGACACAUGCUAGAAGGCACAUGGACAGGAAGAGGUACAUCAAACUCAAGCAUGCAGUUAUUAUACUGCAGUCGGCCAUGAGAGCUAUGACUGUUCAUAACACGUUUAGGAGACAGAGAAAAAAAGCAACUGUUAUACAGGCCUGCUGGCGAGGUCAUAGAGCAUUUGUACUCUAUAAGAAACACAUUAAGGCAGCGAUUGUGAUCCAAUGUGGAUGGAGGGUAAUGGUUGCAAGGAGGAUGCUGCGGAAGAUGAAAUUGUGUGCAAGAGAAUCAGGUGCCCUUCCGGAAAAUACACCUGAGAAGCAAGUAGAAGACUUGAAGUUACGGUUACAGCUGGAAAGACAACUGAGGGCUGAAUUGGAAAGUAGAGUGGAAGAGGCAAGUGCUCUUUUUCGUAAAGAACGCGAGGCAGCCCAGAGAUCAAUUGAAGAGGUCUCCUCGAUUUUCAAAGAGACACAAGGGGCAGGUGACGAUACCAAUAAGAUUGCGGCUCUAACUAUUGAAGUGAAAAAUUUGAAGAACUUGUUACAAUGCGAAAGAAAACGAGGCGAUGAUUUGGAAAAGCAGUACGCAGAAGCCUUGAAAUCAGGAGAAUUAAAGCGUCACAAAUUGGAAGAAACCGAAAAGAGAGUUCAUCAGCUUCAAGAGUCUUUGAACAGGAUGAUAUACAGCAUGUCUGGACAAUUUUCGGAGCUCAAGAUGAUUUUGUGUGCCUCGUCCAAUUCAAGUUCAGCUUCGAAUUUCGUUGAUAAAGAUGAUUUGAUCGAUGAUGACACCUCCGCAUCCUCAGAUACAACGUCAACUGAUUCUGAUUUUACUUUUCCUGCACCUGCUUCGGCUCCUGCAAAUUUCUCUUCUACUUUCGAUCCUGGUCCUUUCCAACUCAUAGUUCAAGAUCUUUCGACUGUUGAUAAUUCAGGAACUCAAAACUGGGAAGCUGACCGGGAGGGGGCAUUCGACGACUUUUUCUGA